AUGUCUGAUGUCACUGGUGCUCAAGAAGCUGUGGAUAACAACUCCAGACGUUCUUCGAGACGGCUGUCGUCUAGCACCAUAGAAUCCAGUGUAACGAGGCUUUUAGUGUCAACUAAACACUUGUUAGAGAGUUUGACUCAAUGGUCACGUAAAGAAGCUGAUGAUAAGUACGUGUCGGAUGCUUAUGUCAAAUUAGGCAAUGAUUUCCGUGCCGCUUCUCGAGCGUUCACCAACGCUGGUGUGGACUUCUCUGAUAUCGGCGACGUACCACAAGCAUUGCGUAUUAUUUUAGAAGCCGCUCUCAGUGAAUCACCAAGUCCAGAAAAUCUUGAUAGAUUUUUACCUAAUAUCAGAAAUAUCAUAGUGACCUUAUUGCAGAAUUUGAAGAGCAAGCAGAUCAAAGCAAGGAGCAUUGCAAUUGAAAAGCCGAGAUUGCAGGAAAAGUCUGAAGGUACGUCUAGAGCCUCCAAGCUGUUAUCUGCGGAAUCAAUAACGCGUCAUUUGAAUUCUAAGAUAGAGACUCCCUCCACGUCUCUGCAAUCCGAUUCUAGCGACGCCUUGAGUCAACUUCAAAGUGGAAACUUUUUGCAAAGACGUGCCUCGAAGAGAUUUAGUGCUUAUCAGUAUGCCAAACUCACUAGUAUGUCUCCUGCAUCGAUACCAACUGCCUUACCGGUAUUGGAAACGACUGAAUCAACUACAGAGAAAGAAGCCAUUAGAGAGAAGCAUGCAGAUAAGCGUUCUUCUUCACCACCACAGAAGGUCAACAAUACUAAGACGAUUUUUCUUCGAUUGAAGGACAACACAAAGAAAGCUCAAAUACACGGAAGCGUCACCUUCGCCUCUUUACGGUUAUUAUUCGUCGAGAAGUUUGCAUAUUCUCCGGGCCUGGAUUCUUUUCCCAGCAUUUAUAUUACAGACCCCAGCACAUCUGUUGCCUACGAGUUAGAAGAACAGAGUCUCGUAGAUAUAGAGGAGGGAAGUAUUCUAACAUUGAAAUUACCUCUGGAGAGUGAUCUGUCCAACCAGGAAUUAUUAAAGGCCAUAAAUGCGUUGAGGCAAGUUCAAGAAUUGCAGUACGCUGAUCUUGCUGCACAAAUAGGCAACUUGGCUCUACAGCCCAAGAAGGUCAACGAGACGACGAAAGAAGGCACAACUCAGCCCACUAAUGUGUUAGGUAUCGAAGAAAUAACUUCCUUGAAGCAACAAUUCACUUCUCUUCGUCUGAUGCAAGCUCAAUAUAAACGUGACGUUGAAGCGGACAUUUCUUCUGUUAUUGCGAAAGUGAAGGCAUUUCAGGAAGGUGGCCUUAACGUAUCAAAAUCAUCUAAUCGGGCAUACAUGGAAGGUUGUCACUCGAAACUUUCUGAAGAGUCAGAUAUAUUGCUUACUAAGGUUGAUGAUUUACAAGACCUCAUGGAAGCUAUGAGGAAGGAUGUUGCUCAGCGUGGAGUUCGAAUAGGGGAGAAACAACUAAAGAAUACCAACAGGGAGAUUCAGGCCGCUAAAAAUUCCCUCAAAGAAAUGAGUCAGUAUAUUACAAGGGAGCGCGUAGUUUGGAAACGGAUUUGGGAAUCAGAGCUUGACAAGGUUUGUGAGGAGCAACAAUUUUUUAAUCUACAGGGAGACUUGACAGUUGAUCUAGAGCAUGAUUUGAAGAAGAUUGAAAAAACCUUCGAUCUAAUAGAACAAUGUUCCCUUGAGCAAAGCAAGCAAAACGCACAGCGUCGCAACAAAUUCUUCGUGCCGCUUAUGGAACCAGGAAAAAGUCUAGACAAGAUGAAAGACGCUAUCUUGACUUCCGUCGUUGCCCUCAACCCUGACCAUGAUCGGCGUUUGGAUGCUAUUACACGAGCUGAAAAACUAAGGGAUAGAGAACGUGAACUAAUGAGGAAGGAUCAAUUUCAGGAAGAGUUGGAAGACUUUGUAGGGGAUAAAAAGUUCAAAAAUGCUGUGGGAAUUGAUGAGGUGGAGAGGCUACGUAGGGAACGGGACUCUGAGAACUUGAAGAGCUCUCUCAGUGUGCCAUUUACUUGA